AUGAAGCCGAAGCCCACCGGCCUCCGAGUGAGGCUGCCCGCGUUCGUGUUCGUCACGCAGGUGAUCGUCGUCGCGCUGUACGCCGCCUUCGUCACCUACGACGAGCACGCGGACGCCCGGUUCCAGACCAACGGGACGGACCCCAUGGACAACGCGCUGUACCGGGACUACCCCGCGUUCGCCGACAUACAGGUCAUGAUAUUCCUCGGCUUCGGGUGCCUGCUGGCCUUCUUCCGUCUCUACGGCUUCGGCGGGAUGGUCUUCAACUUCCUCACGGCCACCUUCGCCAUCCAGUGGGCCGUCCUGGCGCAGGGCUGCCUCCGGUUCAGCCGCGACGGCAAGAUCCACCUCGGCGUGAUCAACCUGGUGAACGCGGAGUUCGCGUGCGCCGCCGUGCUGAUCUCCUGCGGCGCGGUGCUGGGCAGGACCAGCCCGCUGCAGCUGCUGGUCAUGGCCCUGCUGGAGGUGCCGGUGUUCGCGUGCACCGAGUGGGCCGUGCUGACGUACCUGAGGAUCAACGACGCGGGGGGCUCCAUUCUCAUCCACCUGUUCGCCUGCUACUUCGGCCUGGGCGUCUCCUUCGCGCUCUACCGGCCUCGCCUGAACGAAGGCCACGCCAAGGCGACCGCCAGCUACCAGUCCGACAUCCUGUCGGCGAUGGGCACCUUGUUCCUCUGGGUGUUCUGGCCCUCAUUCAACUCGGCGUUGACCCUGAAAGGAGACGACCAGCACCGGGCCGUCCUGCACACUUUCCUCGGCCUCAGCGGCUCCACGCUCGCCGCCUUCGCCCUCUCCGCCGCGCUGAACCGAAACGGCAAGAUCACCAUGGCCGACGUCCAGAACGUGACGCUGGCCGGGGGCGUGGCGGUCGGGGCGUCCGUGGACAUGAUGAUCUCGCCGGCGGGCGCGUACGUUCUGGGCAUGGCGGGCUGCGCCGCGUGCAUGCUGGGCUACAAGUACUUGACCCCCUUCCUGGCCCGGCGCUGCCGGAUCCAAGACCAGUGCGGGAUACACAACCUGCACGGCCUGACGGGGCUCAUAUCCUGCGCCGCCGGGAUAUGCGCCAUUCUCACGGCGAGCGAGGAGACUUACGGCCCCAGUUUGUACGAGAUCUUCGCCCACAUGGCGCCGACGGAGGGGGACCCGAGGCUGCGGGAGCUCCAGAUGUUGAUCCCCGGUCUGAAGCCGGGGUUGGGGAGGUCUGCCCGGGAGCAGGCGCUCUACCAGGUCGCGGCCGUGUUCUCCACCAUCGGCGUGUCGACGCUGGGAGGCGUCCUCACGGGCUUCGUCCUGAAGCUGCCGCAGCUCGCGCCGCCGCCCGACGACCUCUGUUUCGACGACCGGCUGUUCUUCGAGGUUCCUCCGGAUUACGAUUUGCCGCUUCGACUCGCCGAUGACGCGACGGAGGGUUCUGCUGCCUGA